AAUUUGUCCAUAUAAUUUUUUCUUUUUUUUAUCAAUCGUCUUGGAACCUAAAUUAUGGCGUAUAGAAGAAGGCAGGGGAUCGGAAAGUUUGCGACUUUCAAGGAGGAGAUUGAUCGGCUUCCCCCGGAAAGCAUCACUGCCGUCAAGGAUAGAUCACCGCCAGCUCGAUCCUUGACAUCUCCUUCAUCCUUCCGUGAGUCCCCUGCUUUUGACCAACCCAGAUCUAAGAAUUUUACGACCGAGCCGAAGGGCUUGUGGGGAGUCAUAGCCCAGAAAGCAAAAUCUGUUAUUGAAGAUGAUAAAUCCAGUGAUAGCUCAACAGCUUCUCAGUCCCGGUUUUCAUACCUAUCAGACGAAGGGUUCAAGAAAAUGGAUAAUCCCAAGCUUCGGAGAGGGCUGGAUAAGCUUACAUCUUCUCUUAAUCAGAUCGGUGACACUUUUGAGAAAGCCUUUGAGGAUGGCCGAACACUCGUUGGGAACAAAACAGCUGAUAUCAUCCAGGAAACUCGAAAACUUCAAACCAGACGAAGAGGAACUGGUGGUGAAGAUGAGAAUCAAAAUCAAUCUUAUGGAGUAAGUAGCUCAUGGAAGAAAUCUCCAGAGCAGCCAAUGCAGUUAAAUCAUAUGGAACAUGAAACUCAACUCAAGGCAUCUCGCGAUGUGGCGAUGGCCACAGCUGCUAAAGCAAAACUACUCCUCCGUGAGCUGAAAACUGUGAAAGCAGAUCUUGCAUUUGCGAAAGAGCGUUGUGCUCAGCUUGAGGAAGAGAACAAACAUCUGAGAGAGAACCACCGUGAGAAAGGAAGCAACCCUGCAGACGAAGAUUUGAUUCGGCUCCAGCUAGAGAGCCUACUGGCAGAGAAAGCACGGUUGGCUCAUGAAAAUUCAGUGUACGCGAGGGAAAACCGGUUCUUGAGGGAGAUAGUCGAAUACCACCAGCUUACGAUGCAGGAUGUUGUGUACAUAGACGAGGGCAGUGAAGAGGUGGCACAAGUUUACCCUUUAGUAUCCACGUUGAUGACUUCUUCACCUGCCGAGCGCCCACAGUCUCCGAGUCAAGAGAUGAUUAGAGAGAUUUUUGUGGUCGCUGAAGAGAGCUCUGUGUGUGCAAAUGUGGUUUCAGCUUCUUGAAUUCAUUAUUAUUACUUAUAUUUCUUCUUGUCAUGAUUUUCACGAUGAAAUCAGAUUGUUUUUUGCAACGGAAUAUAAAAGGCUAUUUCAU